AUGUCUCGAUAUCGAUGCGGCGUGCUCCACGUGCUCACGUUCGUGGCGACGCUGAUGCCGACCUUCCUGGAGGUGGAGGUCAAUAUGCAGAACCUGAUGCACGUUCCGGAGGCGGUCUACCUGAAGGUGCCGAUCAUGCUGAUCGGGUGCCUGCUGAUCCCUGUGAAGGUGCCGGAGCCGACCGUCGUAGAUACGACCGUCGUGCUGGCGCCGACCAUCAUCUGGAAGAUCUUCGCGGAGGUGAAGGAGCUGACGGUCGCGGAGGUGCUCGAGCCGACCUUCGUGGAGAAGACCUUCGUACUGGUGCCGACCGUCGUGGAGACGAUUUUCGUGGAGACGACCGUCCUGGAGAUGCUGGUGCCGACCGUCGUGGAGAAGAUCUUUGUGGCGGUGCUGGAGCUGGCCGUCGUGGACGCGACCUCCGUGCUGGUGCCGACCGUUGUGGAGACGACCUUUGUGAAGAUGACAGUCGUGGAGGUGCGGGUGCCGACCUUCGUGGAGACGACCCUCGUGCUGGUGCCGACCGCCGUGGAGACGUUCCUCGUGGAGACGACCGUCAUGGUGGCGCUGGUGCCGACCCUCGUGGAGACGACCGUCGUGGAGACGAACUUUGUGGAGCUGACCUACGUGGUGCCGACCUUUGUGGCGUCGAACGUCGUGGAGUCGACCCUCGUAAAGACGAUCUUCGCGAAGACGUCCUUCGUGCAGAUGACCUUCGUGGUGAUGGCACUCGUGGAGGCGGCCUUCGCGGUGACGGCCGCAGUGGCGGCGACCGUCAUGGAGACGACCUUCGUGCUGGUGCCGACCGUUGUGGAGAUGGUGAUGCCGGCCGUCCUGGAGACGAUCUUCGUGGAGAAGAUGUUCCUCUUCCGGAGCCUGUCCAUCCUGAUCGUCGGCCUGGCGACCUCGUGCGUGAUCCGGUUUGUGGCGGUGGCGCUCCUCCCUCCGGGUGUCGGGCGUGGUCCACUGGCGCCUGUCGUGCGGCUCAGCCCUGCUGGUGCCUUCGGCGUGGCCGCCGAGGUGGGCACGGCGCUGCAGCGGUACGGCGUCCACCUCGUCCUGUGCCGCAUGCCGGGCGUGAGCAUGGCGGGGUCGUUCGGCGCUCACUUCUUCGAGGAGCCAGCGGCGACCUUCCUCGGGCUUACCACGCUGGCGCGGCAUGCUGUCGCUCUGAAGUUCCACGUCUGGAGCGUCGUCUGGAGCGUCAUCUUUGGCGGGCGCGUGAAGCCGCGCGGGCAUGCGCGCGGGGCAUUCGCGUGCCACUCGGCCGUGGCUCAUCGGGCUGGCCUGGCGGACCGCGUGGCGACGAAGGAGCCCGUCGACUGGGAUGUGGGUGCCAAGGUGAUCCUCACGACGUCGGAGCUCGGCCAGAGCGACGAGGUGCUCACGGUGAGGUCGGUGAGCCAGGACGGAUUCGCCUUGGAGGUGGACGAGCCGCUGCAGUACGAGCACAUCGGGGAGUGGUACUUCCACGAG